UCUAAUUGGUCUGUGGUCUGAUCUGAAUGAAGUGGUGAUUUAUAUUUUUGUAGUGUAUCGCUUUUCAUGUUAACAUUUCAAGCACAUUUUUUGAAUAAUAUGGAAAACGCAGAGGAAAUAUUCCAUUUCUUAGAAGAUUUCUCAAAACGUAAACCAAAAGUAAUUCCUCAAGAACUCAACGAUUACUUAGCGUACGUAGCGCGGACCGGCGAUCCAGUAUACCAGUGGUCCCUUGUGAAGAGUUUAUUCAAAGAAAAGCUUCUAAAUGUUAUCACCGACUUCUACGAAACCACGCCGAGUAUCGAAAUCCCGCCUUACCCCAACGUGGAUCCCUUUAACUAUGACGCUAUGAAGAACAGUUUGUUAGAACGAUUGGACUCAUUUUCGUCAGCUCCAUUCACCGUUCAAAGGAUCUGCGAAUUACUCACAUAUCCUCGUAAACAGUAUAAUCGUGUGGACAAGUUUAUGCGAGCCGUGGAGAAGAACAUCCUAGUAGUAAGCACCAGGGAGCCAGGAACACAACGCCAUGUGGAGCCUGAGAAUGGAGAGCCUGUUGAAGCCAUAGUCAAUGGUUCAGACAAUAACUCUGAAUACAAUGUUGAUGUUGAAAUGGAAGACAUGUCAUGGAAAGACAAUCCAGAACAGCAACAAAAUGCUACACCACAGCCACAGCCUUGUUCCUCGGAGACCCACAUAUCAGUUGAUGACAUUGAAGCUCGCUUGCAAGCCAAAGAAGAGUCUCCGAUGCAAUCUCAGGAAAAAACUGUCACCCAGUAUGAGUCUGUAACUCCUCCUGAACCUAAUGUGACUACAGAGGAACAAGAAAUGAAGUCAACUACUGAUCCUGUUUCUGCUGUACAAGUUGAUGUGGGUCAGAGUAAUGAGAAACCUGAGGCAGAAAAUGUGCCUCCAGUAGCUGAAGAACCUAAGCUCGAUGUGGAAAUGACACCAGUUGAAACAGAAGAGCAAGAUCCUCUUAUUAUACCAGAAAUAAAAGUUGAUGAUGCAGAGAUGACAGAGCAGAGACUUGCUGAAGAGUCAAACAAUGCAGUAGACAAAGAUAAAGAUCCAAUAGUUGAAAAGGAAGAGCAGCAAUCUACCACUGAAGAUGAGAGCAAUGAGAAACCUGCAGCUACAGAAGAUAGCACAAGUUCAGAUACAAAUACAAAGGAUGAAGUUGAUUCCAAAGCUACAUCUGAAGUAUUGACAUCAAGUGAAGAGAGCUCUUCGUCUAGCGACAAUACAAAUAGUAAUAGUAAUUCUCCAAAACCUUCAGAAUCUAAUAUUGACUCUUUAGAAGAAUCGAAUUCAGAUUCAAGUCAAGCAGAAAGCAAUGUAGACUCUGAGACGAAAUCAGAAUCUUCACAAGAACCUAAGCCUAUAGGAGAUACUGUGGUAGAGGCUCCACAAAUCCAAUCUGACAACUAUUCCAUCUCUGAUGUCAAGUCAGAAUUACCCGAGCCCGUAAGUGAAGGCCCUAAGGAACCAGAAGAGCCUAAAGAAGAAACUAAAGAAGCCGAAUCAGUAGAAGAAAAGGAGAAAAAACCAGAAAAGACUGAAAGUCCUGAAGUGAGCAGUGAGAACUGAAGUAGUAUCUAUAAGUAAGACAAAUGAACUGAAUUUAGAUUUUUUCAGUGAUAUCUUUUUAUUGAAUUAACUUAAUAUAAUUGUGUAGACAAGUGAAUGAAUGAUAAAGGAAAUUAAUUUUAAAGUCUGUAAUCACAACUCAUUGUUCAUCCAACGUCUAACACAUUAUUUUUGAACUCGUAUACAUAUCUGUAUUACAUUACGACACAUUUUCCAAUUUGUAUAUUUAAUCUCGAAAUUGUUAUGACUCAUCCAUAAUGUGGUAGACUUCAGAAAGUGAUUCAAUUGGUGUAGAAUUUUUAAGUGAAAUAAAUAGGGUAUUUCUUACGACAUUAAA